AUGGCCAAGAAGGAAGGAGCAAUAGUGAAGACGGGUCAUGAAGAGGGGCUCAAAAUGGCAGCUUCCCUUCUUGAGGAGUUUGAACUUCCUCGAGGACUUCUCCCUCUUGCAGAUGUUGUUGAAGUUGGUUUUGUUAAGAACAGUGGAUACAUGUGGAUCCUGCAAAAGACGAAGGUCGAGCACAACUUCAAGAUGAUCAGCAAGCUCGUAAGCUACGACACUGAAAUAACUGGUUUUCUCAGCAAGAAGAACAUCAAGAAACUAAAGGGAGUGAAGGCUAAAGAGCUCAUGCUCUGGCCUCCAGUUAGUCAGAUCAUCGUUGAUGACCCACCCACUGGAAAAAUUCACUUCAAGAGCCUCGCAGGUAUCACGAAAACUUUCCCGCAAGAGGCAUUUGCUGCUGUGAAGAUAGACAUCAACAUCGAGAGAGAUUUUGCAUAUGCUCUUAAAGUUAAAGGAUGCCCUCAAAUUUUGUUUUUACGAGGAAACAAGAUCUUGCAUAGGGAGAAAGAUGAAGCAUGA